AUUUCUGCUUUUGAAUAUGAAAUUCAUGCGUUGAUUAGUUUCGUUAAUGUCUGGUAAAAAAUUGAUGCGUUGGUGUAUCGAUAGCAGUACACGCGCACGAUCGGUAUUGCAUCGUUCGUUGCGAGCAACGUCCGAAAAAAUGACACGUAUCCUCUGUAAUCAUCAUUCAUAUUAUUUUAACGUACCAAACCGUUAAAAUUUAGACCAUGGGGGAAAGGGAAAGAAUUUGAGUUCUCGUAGAAUAUCGAGAUCGAGAAGCGAUGGGCGGAGCGACGUUGCAAGUGGCUCGAUUUUGUCGUCGUCGAUUCGAGGCGUACGAGCAGUUUGCCGCGCGAACAUGUCCCUGAGUACGAUAGAACUGAUAGAGGUCGCUCACAGAGCUCGACUGCCAGGAUUGCUAUCAAGUCGCUAACUUCACAAUUCAGCAAAGCCUUCAAAUGGAUAUCGGCAAUGGUUAUCAUUACAAAAACGAUGGCGAGCAAGAGCUCAUCCCUUUGGAAGUACUGUUUUUUGCCUAUUGUCGAAUGGACCCGGUGAAUCGUCGGAAAAAAGGAUCGAUCCAGCAGCUGCCCCUGUCGCAGAGCGACCAGUGGCUGAAGGACGCCGAGAUACUGGACAUGAAGAGGCUCACGACCACUGACACUGGCACCUGUUUCUUCAAGUUUCGCAAGCGGGCCCUCGACUGGGACGAGUACCAGCGCUACCUCCAGGACCUGGCCAAUUUGCGAAAUUUGAAUCUGGACGAGAUGAGGCACAAGAUGCAGUGCUGCCCGCUGCCGCAGCCCCCGGAUGCCAACGAGAAUGAGGAGGCCUCGAACGAAUGAUCGUGGGAUUCAAGCAAACGUACUCGUGAUUUAUAA